AAGAGGUGUGUAUAUUAGUCAUUUUUCUUUAGUUUCACGAUAGAUGCUCUACUAAUGAAGGCACGUAUUGUAAUCUAGCAUUAACAUUGUUUUGUUCUUUGUGAUGUACUCUAGCAUAGUCCCGUCUAGUUCAAAUGGUUACUAUCAUCAGUCUCAAUACCAAAAUGCCCAUCACCAACAUCAUCAGCAGCAUUAUCACCAACAAUCUCAUCAUCAUUAUAAUGGAGCAGCUGCGGCUCCAGUCAUCAAUGUUCACAACUAUCAUUUUCAUACGGGACCUGUUAAUAAUCAGGUCAUCGAGCAGCACUACAAUCAUCAUAACCAUGUCCAACAAACUUUCGAAGAAAAUAUUCCACAAGGCCCGCACAGUUCUUUCAAUUUUUCCCAUGACUUUCCACAACAGAAUAAUUCCGAAACUCACCUCAAUCACAUGGAACCUUCGAUGACUCCAAUGGAACAUCAAAACUCGGGAAGCUCGACACCAUAUCCGUUUGAAGCCAAGUUAUUCGUUCCAUCGCCUGCAGCGUCUGUAUCCAGUUACUCAUUUUCAAGCGAUUUGUCGGGUAAAGACGAGGAAGAUCCCAGGAUUCCUUUAAAAGAUCGUGGAAGAGUAUAUCAUCCGCAGAGCACUGAAAAACCAAAAAAGGUGCCGAGUAAACGGAGGGAUAAGGCUACUUUGGAUCGAUUAAGAGUUCAUAAGUGUUUUUAUCAAGGUUGCGGCAAGGUCUACACAAAAAGUUCCCAUCUAACAGCUCAUGAGCGUGUUCAUAGUGGUGAAAAGCCGUAUCCAUGUGAAUGGCCUGGAUGCUCUUGGCGAUUUGCACGAUCCGACGAGCUAACCCGCCAUUACCGUAAGCACACUGGAGCCAAACCGUUUGCAUGCAAAGAAUGCUCCAGGAAAUUUUCGAGAAGUGAUCAUUUGCAGUUACAUAUGAAGCGGCAUGAAACGGAUGAACAAGACGAUGGAAUGGAUGAUUUCAAGGAUUUCAUGACUUUUAUUUGAAGAUUUCGUUUCAUUAUGAGUGAGAUGAUACGUUUAAUUAUGAAUAAACAGUAGAUUGAA